GCGGAGGUGAAGGAGCUUUUCGGUCCGUCGAACGCUUUCCGCUUUCGGUGCCCAUGGUGCUCCGGAGGUGCUCCGGGGGGAUGUGUGGGACUUCGUACGACUCAUUCUGGGAACUGUCCGAGAAUCGAAGGUUCUGGGCGUCCUUUCCCACCCGAAGAAACGCCACGAAGUCGGAGCUUCGGGUCGUCCCGCCCCCGGUCUGCAUUCGUCCUGGGAGGAGGUCCACCAGACCAAUUCGACUGGAGUAACGACGAUGUACACCAUUUGGCCCAAAGGAGAUGCUUGGCGGUUUUUGGCGUGGCCUUUUUUGGAGCUUAAACCUCAUGUGAUGGGGAAGGAAUCACCUCAUUGGCCACCAGAGAUUCCCAGUGAUUGCUGCAACGAGAUGGACAUCCUUUACAGCUACCCCCCGGUGACGCAAGACUGGGAGGAGUCGCAAAUGGCCUUCUACGGUGGACUGGCCGUGGGCAUCGUCUACGCCUUCGGGGGGGAGGGACCUUCGUUGGGCCCACUGAACCCCGGAAAAAAGCAAACAGUUGGAGGGGACCAGCAGGCGGUGAAGGCAGAGAGUGCCAGAAGGCGGGAGGACGGGAAUGGUCGUCAGUGGCGUGCAGUUCGUCCCGACGAGGAGGAGAAUGACAGUGAGUCCAGUCAGAGUAGGCCCACACCUGCUAGAUCCUCUGAGACGGGGCAUAGUGGAGGUGGAUCGGGUGGUGGCAGGAGCUCAGUGGGGCCCCCACCAUCAUAUGACGGAGACCGAAGUGCAGGAGCUUGGGAUGAAUAUCGAAUCCGCGCCAGGUUGUGGCUUCGAACUACCCCAAUUGAAGAGCGAGCUCGUGGCCCAAGAAUGCUUCAAGCCUUAACUGGUCAGGCCUUUGAAUCAAUGAAACAUUUGGCCGAUUCGGACGAGUGGAUGGAGGAUCCACGCAACGGCCAAUUGCUAUUGGACAAGAUGGCUAAGCCUAGUUUCUUUGGCAAAGAAGAAUUGGAAUCAUUGUGGAGCGCCCUUCAAAAACUCCUGUACACCAAGCUGCGCAAUGAUGAGGACGAUUUGGGAAGCUUCCGAAACAAGUUUGAAGAGGCCGUGAGAAAGAUCACCAAACACGGUGUCACACUGCCGGAUCAAGCACUUGGCUUUCUGUACCUCAAGCAGCUUCGCGUUGACAGUUCCACCUUGGAGCGCAUCAUUACCAUGACCAAUGGUGAUUUGGGCUUAGAAGAAGUCAUGACAGCCGCCCGCAAGCUCAAAAUGCGCCUCAUUGAUGAGACUGAAGACAAAAAGAAGCAUAUCUGGAUUCAGGAUCUGGCCGAAGAUGGAGCCGAACCCAGUGCCGAUGGAGAUGCCCAGGACGAAGAGCUGGAGGCGCUUGAAGGGGCGCUGCAAGACUUGGAUGAUGAGAUUGACCCCAUCAAUGAAGACGAGGCCAAGGAUGUUCUUAUGAACCUCAUCAAGCAAAAAGUCACUGGCCCAGUUCAGAGCAUGUCAUACCGACAGGUCCAGAAUAUGAAGCGUGACAUUCAGAAUGCCCGUGGAUUCCGUGCUGUACAGAGCACUCAGCAGCCGCGUGGUCGUUCCGAUCGGCCAAAGGCAGAUCUCGGAUAUCUGAAAUCCAUCACACGCUGCAAGAACUGCAACAUGGUUGGCCACUGGCACCGAGAGUGUCCUCACAAGAAGCCUUUCAAUGGUGAGACACCUGUGCCUCCUGCCAGUCAGAAGCAGGGCUGGUGGACUCUUUGUGAGACCAUCAAUGAGGAGAUGCAACGACCCCAGUCUUCGGAAUAG